AUGUCGAGGUCGACUGUACUAGCAAUUUUCUUUGUUAUUGGAAUGGUUUUGUUGACUGUUGGGGUGUCCUUCAAUUAUUUCUUUGACUGUUUUGUGGAAAAGAAACUGCAGAAGAACCUCAACUUGUUAAAUGGAACAGAGGCAUAUGCCAACUGGCUACAGCCACCUGUUCCUGUCUACAUGAGCUUCUACUUUUUCAAUGUCACAAAUUACGAAGAAUUCUCCAGAGGAGCUAAACCAGUUGUCCAGCAAGUUGGCCCUUACGCCUACAGGGAAAUAAGAAAUAAAGUGAACAUAGUGUACAGCUCAAACAAUGAGAGUUUAUCAUACAAGGAGCAGAAGUUCUACACAUUCCUCCCAACCAACAUAUUGAAUGAAAGUGAUGUCAUCUAUACAUUGAAUAUUCCUGUACUGGUUAUAUCUAAACUGUUGGAGAAAAUGUUCCCAGAAAUCAUAUUGAAAUUGAUUGGCUUCAUACUAAAUGGUGAAAAACUGAUAGAGAAGAGGACAGUUUUUGAGUUGUUGUGGGGCUUCAACAUGUCCCUGGCAGACGACAUCAACAGAAAACUGGCAGAACUCCAUUUGCCUCCCAUUCGAUUUCCUACUUUUGGCAUAUAUGUCAAUAACAAUAGUAAUGGUUCCAUGCACAACGAGUACAAUAUAUCUACUGGCGCCUAUGACAUUAGCCAAGUUGGUAGGAUUAAUUCCUGGAGAGGAAACAGCCAUCUAUCAUCUUGGUCUGGAGAUGCAUGCAACAUGAUUAACGGAACGGAUGGUUCCUUCUGGCACCCGUUAAUAAGCGAAUCUGAUACACUAUACCUAUUCAGUCCUGAUCUAUGUAGAUCAAUGUACAUGCUGUACAACUCAACUACUACAAUAUACCAACUGAACUCCAUGAAGUACACGGUUCCUGAGACCGUUUUGAGGGAUCCUAGGUAUGAAGAGGCCAAUAGGUGUUUUUGCCUCCCCGAGUAUCCACACUGUCUGAAAGCCGGUGUGCUUGACGUCAGUCUGUGCAAUGAUGGCGCUCCGGUUAUUGUCUCACUGCCCCACUUUUUGUACGGUGACGCCGAAUACACGGACGCUGUCGUUGGUAUGAAGCCUAACUUGGCCCUACAUCAAUCCUACGUUCACGUCGAGCCUAUGUCGGGUUUCGUUCUAGAGGCUCAUAAAAGACUUCAAAUCAAUUUCAUGCUGCAGAAGUAUACAACAUUCAAGUCAUCAUGGGUCAUCAAAGAGCCGAUCAUAUUUCCCCUCAUGUGGGCGGAAGAGAGCGCUUCCAUAAAUGAGCGUUCGGCCCUGAGAUUGUAUAGUCUACUGAACGGGCCGAGGUUGAUAGGGCGAGGCCUGAUAUUCAUGUGCAUCGUUGUUGGGGGUCUCUUUGUCUUAGUGACUAUCGUCGUUGCUGCUGUCAUCAUGUCUAGGAAGUUCUACAAGUGCAUCCCGGAGUCUUAUGAUGACAUGGUCGGCGUAUGGAUGUAUGUGAGAUUGUGUUCUAGUGUGUUUUUCACAUCUGCGAAAAAUCUCUCAAAUAAAUAAUUACAUAA